AUGGAAGAGAUUGACUGCGAAUUCGUUCAUCGCAUGCCGUGGCAGCAGAAUCAGGACGGUGAGGAGACGCAGGGCGCGGAGAAUGGCGAGGACACGGCGAGGGAGGGAGACGAGUGGGCCGGAAGGGGUAGCGAUCUGCCCGGAGCUCCGUUCAAGACGACGCUGAGGGGUCACAUCGCCAUGGAGGCGAGGCCGGUGUCGGAAGAAGCGAGCAAAGGUUUGGCAGAGCCUUACGUCCCUCGCGCCAACAUUGCUGCGACGCCGGAGAGGCCGUUCGGAACGCAGGAAGGCAACUGGGCGAAGCAGCACGAGAACGACUCGGUCCUGCAGCAGCACUGCGCCUUUUUCGACCCGGACAACGACGGCAUCGUCUGGCCCUGGGACGUGUUCUGGGGCUUUCACCAGCUCGGAUACGCGCUGCCCUGGUGCAUCCUCUCCGUCAUGAUCAUCUCGACCUCGUUCUCCUGGUUCACGAGCGAAAGCUGGAUCCCGAACCCGCUCUUCCCCAUCAACCUUAAGCACAUCCACCGCGCCAAACACGGCUCCGACACCGGCACCUACCACAACGAAGGCCGCUUCAUCCCGGCGCACUUCGAGGCGAUCUUUUCCAAGUUCGACAAGGGCCUCAAGGGCGGCGUCACAUUCUACGAGGGCCUCCAGCUCAUCCGUGCGCAACGCAACAUCUUGGACUUUGCUGGAUGGGUCGGCGCCUUCUUCGAGAUGCUCGCAACAUACCUCCUCAUCUGGCCAGCGGACGGAAUCAUGCGAAAGGAAGACUUGAGGACCGUCUACGAUGGCUCGAUCUUCUAUACCAUCGCCGCCCGCGAGUGCGAACGCCGCCGCCUCGCCCGCUCCGAAUCGCUCCUCUUCUACCUCUUCACCUUCUUCCCCCUCAACGGCAUCUUCAAGGAGAACCGCGCGCAGACGACGACCGAGUACGCGCGUGGCGGAGGAAAGAAAGGCAGGAUCAGUCGCGAGCAGCUCUGGAACCAGAAAGCCGGGACGGGAUGGGUUGAGGGACUGAAGAGGGGCAGGUGA